AUGGCUGUCUCAGUCUCAGCUCCGGUCUUGUUCCUCUGUUACCAUCAGAACGGAGAAUUGUCUCGUCGUUUCGGACACAGACGAUCGAAGCGAUUUAGUUCCGGUCCUCGUUCACUGAGCUUCGGUGUGGAGAAGGUUGGAAAAUCGAGGGUUAGGGUUCCGAUUUGCAGAGCCGUGCCUCCCCUCUUGUUCAAAGAUCUCGAUGCUGAUGAUUUCCGACAUCCUCUAGAUAAGCAGAACACAUUGUUACUAAGAGCAAUUCCGGGGUUGAACGAAUUCGGGAAAGCUAUUUUAGGGUCAAUGACGGAACAGAUCAUGCUUCUUGAGAACAUUGGGACUUCUGUUCUUGUCUCCAAGAAUCAGCUCUCUGAUCUUCAUGGUUUGUUGGUCGAGGCAGCUGAGAUUUUGAACAUAGAGGCUCCCGAUCUCUAUGUCCGACAAAGCCCUGUUCCAAACGCGUAUACACUGGCAAUAAGCGGUAAAAAGCCUUUUAUUGUCGUUCAUACCAGCUUGAUCGAACUUCUGACUCGCGAGGAGCUACAGGCUGUCUUGGCCCAUGAACUAGGUCACCUGAAGUGCGAUCACGGCGUGUGGCUCACAUUUGCAAAUAUUCUUACUCUUGGGGCAUAUACAGUUCCUGCUUUUGGGCAAAUGAUAGCUCGAACCUUGGAAGAACAGUUGCUUCGUUGGCUACGUUCAGCCGAGCUGACUUGUGACCGUGCAGCACUUCUUGUUGCCCAAGACCCAAAGGUUGUUGUAUCCGUUCUGAUGAAAUUAGCUGGAGGGUGUCCAUCAAUUGCUGAUCAGCUAAAUGUUGAUGCGUUUCUAGAACAAGCCCGUUCAUACGACAAAGCUUCUUCAAGCCCCUUGGGGUGGUACAUAAGAAAUGCUCAGACUAGUCAACUGUCGCAUCCAUUGCCAGUUCUACGUGCACGUGAGAUUGAUGAAUGGUCCAGGAGUCUCGAGUACAGGAGUCUCCUGAAACGGGCAAAUCGAAUAAGCACAGUGCAGAAGGCUUAG